AUGGCAGCUCCAGCAGGUGAUUUUGAUGCAGAUAAUCAGUUCAAGUUCAUACAGAGAAAGACGUCCGUCUUCACGAACUCUGACAGAGAACAGGAAAUUGCACCCGUUGUAGAUGCUGGGGGCGAUCUGGAGGGUGCAGGAGAAAAGGAUGAAGGGACGCAAGCAAGGAGCACGUUCGACAAGAGACUCCGUGUUGUAAUCCUGAUUUUCCUCGCUGCCCUCAUCCUCGGGUGGUGGAUAUCUUCUACCAUUUUGACAGCGACACGCGGACAAUGGGUCGUGCAGUCAUUUUUUGCGUGGUUUUUCUUACUCAUUAUCGCGUUCCGCUUCAUACCCAAUUCGGUGGUGACGGAGCCUAUUACCGCCAUAUGGAUGCCAUGCAUCCAGGUGCCUUGGUACAAGCUUCCUCGGACAGCAAGAUUGACAAUUGGAUGGCUCUGCCUUCUUGCCAUUGUGUUUGGGUCUGCUUUCGGAUUCUCUCCCACUGGCAACAGUGAUUAUGGACAUCGAGCAAUUUCAGUACUGGGGUUGUUUGUUUUCCAGUGCGGUUUCUACUUGUGUUCCACGAACAGAUCUGCCAUUUGCUGGCCCACUGUGGUAGUCGGCCUUUUCCUUCAACAAACUAUUGCUCUUUUUGUGCUCAAGACUGGCGCUGGUUAUUCCCUCUUCAAAUACAUUGCGGAUCUCGCAAAUGACUUCUUGUCGGAAGCCGAUGUCGGAGCUGAGUUCUUCUUCGAUGCAGAAACUAUUGCGAAGAAAUGGUUUUUUGUGAAUGUGCUCUCCGCGAUUAUUUUUUUCAUCGCCACGAUUCAAAUGCUUUACUACCUCGGCGCCAUGCAAUGGAUGGUCAAAGGAUUUGCAUGGUUUUUCUUCAAGCUCAUGAACGUGUCUGGCGCUGAGGCAGUCGUCGCGGCUGCUUCUCCUUGGGUAGGCCAAGGAGAGUCUGCCUGUUUGGUCAAGCCCUACGUUGAUAUCAUGACCCCAUCGGAACUUCAUCUUAUCAUGACUUCUGGUUUCUCCACUAUCUCCGGAUCUGUUUUGACCGCCUAUGUUGCCCUGGGUGUUCCACCCCAGAAUCUUGUCACCUCAUCUGUCAUGAGCAUACCUGCUUCCAUUGCUAUCAGCAAGAUGCGGAUUCCGGAAGUCGAGGAACCUGUUACUCGUGGUCGCAUAGUAGUGGACCGUGGGGAUGCGGGAAAGAACCAGCCAGUCAACGCUCUUCAUGCGUUUUCUUUGGGAGGUCUGUUUGGCUUGAAUGUCGCGGGACAAAUCCUCACUAACGUAUUGACGAUUUUGUCGCUUGUCGCUACCAUCAAUGCUGUCUUGACAUGGGUCGGUCGUGGAUUCGGCAUCCACCAACUUACUUUACAGCUAGUCUUGGGAUACAUCGGGUAUCCUAUCGCCUUUUUCUUGGGUGUCCCCAGCGCUGAGAUCCUCCGAGUCUCACAGCUGUUAGCGACGAAACUAAUUGAAAACGAAUUUGCUGCGUACUUAGAACUAUCAAGCAUCCAAGCGAGUUCGAACCCCCUGUCGCACCGUGCCUUUACGAUUGCGUCAUAUUCCCUCUGUGGAUUUGCGAAUCUCGGAUCUCUAGGUAUCCAGAUCGGUGUGCUCGGCGCUUUAGCACCGUCACGGGGCAAAGUCAUUGCGAAACUUGCGGUGUCCGCUAUGAUUUGUGGAUUUAUUUCGUGCGUUCUUGAUUUGUCCUGUUUUUAG